ACCAACUCAAACUACGUUUAGCUGAUGAUCUAUUUUCACAAUCGAGCAUAUAUAGUUUGAUCCAAGUAUAUAUGGCUCUCCUUCAAUCUCCAUUCCCUCUCCUUUCUCUUUUAGUUACCCUCUCUUUGUUAAUUAACCCUAGUCACUGCUUCUACCGUAAGCUCCUCGAUGAGUCUAAUUGGUCUCCUGCUGGAGCAACGUGGUAUGGCAGUGCCAAUGGUGCUGGUAGUGAUGGUGGAGCUUGUGGGUAUGGAAGUGCUGUAGAGCAAGCUCCAUUCUCCGCAAUGGUUUCGGCCGGAGGUCCUUCUCUUUACAAAUCCGGUAAAGGAUGUGGAGCUUGUUAUCAGGUGAAAUGUACUAGUACUACCAAUGCUGCAUGCUCGGGAAAUCCUGUGACAGUAGUAAUUACCGACGAGUGCCCUGGUUGCGUCUCUGAAUCCGUUCACUUCGAUUUAAGUGGCACUGCUUUCGGAGCUAUGGCGAAUUCCGGCCAGGCUGAUCAACUCCGAAACGCCGGAACUUUUCAGAUUCAGUACAGAAAAGUUGAAUGCAACUAUCCCGGAAAGACGGUGACUUUCAGUGUCGAUUCUGGCUCCACCUCAAACUACUUCGCAACCCUAGUCGAGUAUGAGGACGGAGAUGGUGAACUCGGUUCGGUUGAACUGAAGCAGGCUCUCGACACUGACUCCUGGCAACCCAUGCAGCAAUCCUGGGGUGCAGUAUGGAAACUGGACUCCGGGUCGACUCUGCAAGCCCCGUUCUCCAUCAAACUGACCUCGCUCGAGUCCAGCAAGAACAUCAUAGCCAACGAAGUGAUUCCGGCUGGAUGGCAGCCGGGCAAAACCUACAGAUCAGUCGUCAACUUUUGAUGGCUAAUCAAAGAAAAUAGUGAAUAUUACAUCUCUAUCUGCUGUUUAAUAAUGGAGCAGAAAUCAACUUAAUAUAUAUAUAUAUAUAUAUGGAGUCCUUGAUGUGUCAUGUAUCUUCUAAGUUUGGUCAUUAAAAGGACCAAUGAAAUUAGUGUAUUACC